AUGAAUAGCCAGUCACAGGCGGUAGAUACAUUUAUCAAGAAAGUGUUUGCCUUUUUGGACGAGAAAGACUCGCAACAAUUGGCACCAUUUCUACAGUGUUUCGAUCCUGCUAACAGCAAAAUCAUUGUGAACGCGAAUCCAUUUGCACAGCCAGCGGUAUUUCUGGAAACGUGGCAACGUGCUGUGGUGCAAACGCAACACGUUUUGACCGGGUUGGAUUAUCAUGUCAUUCCAGGCACAGGAACCACUAUAUGCAGUGUGAACGGAAAGGUACGAUUUGACGAGAGUGGGAGAGACAAAGAGGGCCAGGACUCGGCUGUUGCCGAACUUGCAGGCGUUGCAAAUGCUGGGGCUGGUCCCAGAGCGCCUGCGGCCAAACCACGACCAAUGUGGGGUCCAUAUUUUGGAACGUCUCUGCAGCUCGUUCUUGACGACCGGGUGUUCAAUGGUGAUCAUAACAGCGUAAUAUACAGCUUCAACUAUACAAUGGUGUACAAGCCAGACGACUCUUUGAUGUCAGUGUAG